AUGGCGUGGCUGGUAGGGCUACCCUUGAGCUCACCUCAGCUGGACCAGGGAGACGUCCCCAUCCCCGUUCCACUCGCUCACACUAACUCGCUUUGCAAUGCGACAACGCCCCCUUGGAGUCUGAGCUCGCAGGCAGUCUCUGCAAGCUUGCUUUUGCGACGGUUCCCCGCCGCCGCGACACGACGUCUGUUCUGUACGAAUCUAUUCAACGACCAAGAGGAUACAGUAGGUACUCCGUACCCCGCCGCCGUCCAGGUCUGUCACUGGAACAGCUUGCGACAUUCUCUCUCCACUGGCAAGACAUGCCCCGAAUCGCUCACAACAACUCCAGCUCAGCCCGCUAGCCAUGUGGGAUGGCCGCCACCAUGGGAGGUUGCGCCGUCCUACAAUUUACCAGACCCAGAUCUCGGCGAAGCAAAGUCCCGUCUCGUCUGGUGGACCGUCUGGACUCCACGGCCGCCGACUUACACGGGUGACGGCCGAACCUCGAUCAGGGCCAGGGCCAGUCCAGCUUGUCUUUCCCUGCGCCAACACGCGACGAAGCAAGUCAAGAGUCCGAACUACCUAGCACAAUGGAGUUGGAAUGCGAGCAAGUUGGCGCUUUGCUUGUCACAUUCGAGGUCGCAUCCCCGUUGUUGCUUGACCACACCGCCUUAUUGGUAUUCCCUCCAACGUCUCGUUUUCCGUCCCACCCAACGAAGCCCGCCUCUUAUCAGAACCGCGCCCGGGCGGGAUAAUGCCUAUACCAGUCAUGGUGCAGCGGUGCUGACACUGUCAGUCGCCUCCUCGGCCAGCAUGUCAAGUCAAUUACAUACUCUCAAGCAUAUGGAUCAUGAUGACCGCAUCUACAGAGUAUCAGCGUUCAUCAAGCCUGGAAAGUCGCUUUCUCCACCCGUGGGCGCAUCCAUGGCCACCCCAUCCGCGCCCGCUUCUGCAACACCGCUUAAGCUCAAAGCGUUUUCCCAGCUUGGAAGACGACCAGUCAGAGUUGUUAACCACACACCUAUCGAUGCGCCUUGCGGCAAAUCUAAGCAAAGGCUUUUCGCCAUCGUGACUAUGCUAGAGCAUUUGGGAACCUGGUUAGUGGUGAACACAGGCACUCUGAAAACGGGCCCUCCCAGGCGAGCUACUUUUGUUCCACGCGCAAUCCCAGGAUUUCGUCUUCGCACACCUCCUCUCUCGGUACACACCCUCACAUCCACGACCCCUUCAUCAUCUCAUUCCUUACAACCUUCUAAGCGGGACCAGAUCUGGCGAUACGGUUCAACUAUCCCCAUAUUGUCUCGUCUCCCGCGACACGGCGCAUCAAGCAUCGUGUCUAUAUAUAUGAUACUCUAUCCUGCCCAGCUUGCACGCCAAUCCUUCCACUCCACUGGCGCUCUGUUUUGGUCUAUGAUCCUCAUAGAUCCUUAUCCAUUCCCCUUGGAUCUUAGGCCCCUCACGAAGGACUUCCUUUGUCAAACUCAAUCGACAACAAGGCUAUUCAAGGGAACGGCACCUCAACCCACCUCAACCCAUUUCAGCUUGCAGCCCCCUUGGACACUUCGGAAUCGACCUGUUUGUAAGUCUGCUGUCAUUUACAAUUACCUACUGGGUGAUACCGCUGCCAGUGAUGCGUGGGAACCGUUCAAAUUCGGCCGAUGGUUUCAAAGCUUGCGGCGCAAUGAGCCUCGCACAGACCUCCGCCAAUCUCUCUCUCCCUCCCUCCUUCACUCAAGGCUCGCCCUCACUCUUAUCCUCUCUUCGGCCACCCUCCUUGACACUCGCAAAGCAGUCGAUGCGGCGGCCGAGGCCCACCCUCACAUCCCCCUAGUCGCUUAUGUCCAGCAGCGCCAUUUCAUUACUCGCAAGCCACUGUUAGGUCUUGGCCAGGGCCACCAGACACAGGCAUACCCCAGACGUACAACCACCUGGCACCACACCGCAUCCGAAGUCCAUCGGCGAAGGUACCUCUACCUCUGCUGA